CUGACCUGAAGUGGAAUCACAUGAUCUUGCACGAGACGCACGAAAACAGGAAGCCGGAAGAGAUUUCCACAAUCCUUAGGUGUAUAUCGAUGUAAGAAUGGCAUCAGCAGUGGAGAGGACAGAUGAUCUUGUGCGGGAAUAUUUGGUAUAUCGAGGAUUUACAAGCACUCUCAAACAUCUAGACAGUGAAAUCAAAGCUGACAAAGAGAAAGGAUUUAGAGUGGAUAAAAUAAUCGAGCAGCUUCAGCUGUUCAUUCAGAGCUAUGACCUUGCUGGACUAAAAGAAUAUUGGAGCUACCUGGAUCACAGACUCUUCAGCCGUUUGGAGGAUGUUUACAGACCCACUGUUAACAAACUGAGGACAAGCCUCUUCCGGUACUACCUCGUGCACACUGUUCAGACAAAGUAUCUGGAGAAGACUCAAGAGUUUUUCCAGAAGCAGGCUCUUGAACUUCAGGGCCAGGUAGAAUGGCGCGAUUGGUUCAUCCUGCCAUUUAUUUCAACACCAGAGCAAAAUCCGUGCUUCUCUCCAUAUUUUUCUCGCCAGUGGGCCGAUACCUUCCUCGUUUCCCUCCACAACUUCCUCAGUGUUCUUUUCCGGUGUAUGCCUCAGCCCAUGCUUCUGAGUUUUGAUGCUGAAGUUCAGAGAAGCAGCAGAAUCCAGGAGGAGAAUGAACAACUGCGGCAAGUGUUAUUUGCACUUCAAGGAGAAUUCAGGCCUAAAAGAGCAGAGGAGAUGUUGCAUCACAAACUCCCUGCUUACGUGCAGCACAUGGACCGACUCGGAGAUACAGAGCUGGACUUGGUGUCGAGCCAGCGUGUCGUAAACCCCACCACUCCUUCAAGGAAUUUCUUCUCCUUUUUGCCUCAGGGCAGAAGAGCCCCAGUGCGAACACCUCAGGGGGCAACAAGCUCCUCCCCCACACAGGCCACCCUUGGGAGGAAGGAAACCGCUGCCAGUCAGUCAGGGAAGAUGAAGGACCCUACAACCUCAAAAGAGUCCAAGAUGGCAUCCACUGUUGCUACCUCUGCAGAUACAGGUGCAAGGCAAAAGAGGCAGAUGGACCAUGAGAAAGAGAGAAAAGAGCUUUUCUCCAAACAAGCAGCACAGAGUUCUGAAAAGAAAGUAGAGAUUUCUGAGGCUGAGGGUCAAAUCGAGGGCCAAUGUGAUACAACUGACUCGUCAAACUCUCAGCCACUUGCUUGCAGUGAGGGGGGCGGGUCUGGGGCUGAGCACCCGUUCAUCAAGUUAAGUCAAGAGGAGUAUGGAGAACAUCACUCUUCCAUCAUGCACUGCAGGGUAGACAGUUCGGGUAGAAAAGUGGCUAGUCUGGAUGUGGAUGGAGUAGUGAAAGUUUGGUCCUUCAACCCCAUUAUGCAGACAAAAGCCACCAUUAUGUCCAAAUCUCCUCUACUUUCACUGGAAUGGGCUACAAAACCAGACAGACUGCUGUUGCUGGGCAGUGGGGUUGGCACAGUGAGGCUGUAUGAUACUGAAGCCAAGAAAAAUCUGUAUGAAAUGUCUAUAGAUGACACUCAUCCACGGAUACUUUCCCUGGCCUGCAGCCCCAGUGGAACAUCAUUUGUGUGUUCAGCAGCAGCUCCUGUGGCUCGUUCAGGCGGCAUGUCAGAAACAGCGCCACGUCUGAUGCAGUCUGUCUCCGGACAACUGCUGCUCUGGGACACCAAGACUGUCAAACAACAGCUGCAGUUUGCACUGGAGCCAGGGCCUGUCGCUGUGAACUGUAUUGCGUUCAACCACAACGGGAAUCUUCUGGUAACAGGAGCUGCUGAUGGCAUCAUACGGCUGUUCGACAUGCAGAGGUAUGAAAGUGUUAUGAGUUGGAAGGCUCAUGAUGGUGAAGUGUAUAGUGUUGAGUUCAGCUAUGAUGAAAACACUGUGUUCAGCAUCGGAGAGGACGGCAAGUUCAUCCAGUGGAAUAUCCACCGCUCUGGAGUGAAACAGUCAGAGUACUCGUUAUCUCAGGAUGCUGUGGGACCGUUUAUGCUGUCUGGCUACAGUGGAUAUAAGCAGGUUCAGGUGCCACGUGGGCGACUUUUUGCUUUCGAUUCAGAGGGACAGCAUGUCCUCACCUGCUCCAGUAAUGGAGGACUUAUCUAUCGGCUGAAUAAGGGAGAUACAGGUCUGGAGAGUGUGUUGUCUUUGGGAGGGCAUAAAGCUCCGGUAGUAACGGUGGACUGGUGUUCAGCUGUGGACUGUGGAACCUGCCUUACAGCGUCAAUGGAUGGCAAAAUCAAACUGAGCACGCUCCUCGCACAGAAACCAUGACAGGAAAAAGUGCUCAUAUUGUACAUUUCUAUUUAUCAUUUUUAUAUAGUGUUCUGUCACUUGGGUAAAGACAACUGAUCCUAGUCUAACUUACUUUACUUUUAUUACUUUCACUUUUCAGUUCUAUAUACUGGACUUAAAUAGAUAGUUUUCAAAUAAAAUCCCACCAUACUUUAGUUAUGCAACUCUUAUUCACAUAAAGUACUAACGAUGAUAAUAAGGCCAUAAUGUCAUAUGAUUUGCAUCUUUUUAAUCCUAAUCAGACCAGUGUGGAUAAGGGUGGGGUCACUUCUGUUAGGGUAGGAAUGCUUCAUCAUAGGAUAAAGAUAAUCAUUCAGAAGAAUAGAUUUUGCAGUGUCUGUUUUUAUAAGAGGAUAUGUAGACCCAAAUCAUUCCAGCAAAAUGUUUUACCUCUCACUAUAGGGGUCAAACAUUCAGGUCAUGCCGUGAACAUGGCGAAAGAUCAGGUCCAUUCUGACCUGAACACUAUUCCACACCUGUGUAAUGCUAUUCCUGUGGUUUUCGCACUGCUGACCUUUUAAAUCUGCUUUCAUUAUUGUAAUGAGACGUUUAUGCUCCACAAUAUCGCUCUCUCUUUAGCUGUGAAGAGAGAUCUUGCCGAUUACUUGAAUAUGUCCUGCAGUAACAUUCUCAGGCACCUGAACAGUUGUUAUUUCAUUGUAUUUCCGGCUACAAUUCCACAGCUUGUCCCUUAAAUUGGCUCAUCUAUAGACUGAGACAGUUUAAAAAAAAUAAAAAGUAAAAAUCUAUGAACAAAAGAUUCAUAUCAGGAUUUCUGAAACAGCCACAAAUAGUUCUGACACCAUUUUAAAGAAUGCAUUCCUGAAUAGUUAAUAUCAACUAUUGAAUUUGUGUAUAAUAAAUGAUAAAAUAAAAAGUGUUUGUUGAUA